UCACCCACCAGUGCCAGUCAGUGCCACCUAUCAGUGUUGCCAAUCAGUGCUGCCUAUCAGUGCCAGUCAGUGCUGCCUAUCAGUGCGCAUCAGUGCUGCCUAUCAGUGCCCGUCAGUGCCACCUAUCAGUGCCAGUCAGUGCCGCCUAACAGUGCCAGUCAGUGCCGCCUAUCAGUGCCAUAUAUCAGUGCUGCUUUUCAGUGCCCAUCAGUGAUGCCUGUCAAUGCCCAUCAGUGCCACCUACCAGUGCCUCCUCAUCAGUGCCCAUCAGUGCCACCCUAUCAGUGUCCAUCACUGCAGCCUCAUUAG